CCUGAUUCUGACGCGGAACACUUGAAUUGUAAGAUUACCCGCUGGUUUUGGAAGCGGCUGAACUAUUUAAUUCUACUUUUGAUCCCAAGGUUAUCUUAAUCUGAAGCUAGUGUUAUUGCUAAUUGUUGUCAGUUGCUUUCCGUGAUAAAUGUAAGUGCAUUAUAUGCGCUAGCUGGGCGCUCAUUUAAGAAAGAUUUACUACUUAUUCAGAAUUUAGUGCAUUCGUUAUUGUCGUGAAAAAUGUCCAGUACUGCUUUAACUGCGAUUUCUGUAGCCGUAGGAGUAUUUUUCGUAUUCUUUGGGACGUUAAAGCUUGGUCCAUUAUUUUCUGAUGAGCUUUAUCGCAGUGUGAGAAAAAACUUCAUUAGGAUGUUCAAGACGUUUCCGUUUAGUUCGUUUACUGGUUGGAAUCCGAAUCCUCAUGUAAUUAGACGAGUUUAUGGAACGACUGAAGUUGUCGGUGGUAUUGUACUUGCAGCUUGUUCUGGGACUGCACAGGAUGUUAGCAAUGUUAUACUGCUUAGUCUUAUGCUAUUCCAUCUAUUUAGUAUAUGGCGCGUAGCAGAUGGACUAAAAGAAGCUUCUAAUCUCAUUGUUUUAUGUUUGAUGCUAACAUGCAGGUUUAUCAUACGGAUUCAACUUAUUCAAAAGAAUGAAGAGGUGACGGAAAAUAAUGAAUAUCUUAAGAAUGAUAUAAGAAGACGUAUUGUUCUCCUACAGGAGGAAUUGCAGAAAAUGAACACUUUUAAUAAUAAUAAUAGCAGCAACACCAAUAAAACAGAAAACGACACACACAAAGUAGAAUGAAGUUUAUAUAUUCCAGUUGAAUAAAUCAUGACUUUUUCUCAUUGUAAAGGAUAAUGUCAAUGCAUUUAUUUUGUUGUCCUUUCAUCAAUGUUUUUAUUUGUAAUUUAAUUUAAUGCUUCGAUUGUUUUUCUAUGUUAGCCAUAUAUAUAAUCUGAAUGAACUUAUAUUUUCAAUAAGUUGAAUACGUAAUCUGUCAAGCAAACACGCGAACUUUUUUCUAAACUUCAUUUUACGGGAAUUUACUCCUCUCCCCUAAUCGUAACGAUACACCUGCCCCAUCUCCGUUUCCG